GGUGGGGGAGGUGUGUGUCUACGUAAAUAAGGAUAUUAAGACUUUUAGAGAAAGAGAGCAGGGGAGAGAUCCUGGGCAAGAAAAAAAAAAAAAGAAGAGGGAAUGGGAAAGAGAGAGAGAGAAAAAAUGGGAGAGGAAGGAGGGAGGAGUGCUUUAUAGCUGUUAAGAUUGCAGACAGAAAUAGCACACAACCGCCGUGAGCCGAACGCCGCUCAGAAACCAGGACCAAAUUGUGUUCACUUUUAUUAAUCAGUUACUCAGAGGAAGGAAAUGACAUCUGGUCCUGUUUUCGUCUACAUCUUAAUUAUUGGAAAAUAUGUUGCUCAUGGGAGUGAACAGGACAUCAUGUGCUCGCUGGGCUACUUCUCCUGUGGGAACAUCACCAAGUGCCUGCCUCAGUUCCUGCACUGCAACGGCGUGGACGACUGCGGGAAUCGGGCCGACGAGGACAACUGCGAAGACAACAGUGGAUGGCCUCUGCAAUUUGAUAACUAUUUUGCCCAUCGCUACAAAAUGCCUCCCGCACCUCGCUUGAAGGCAAAGACAUCCGAAUGCCGCCUAGUCGGUUCUGUGCCCGGGCAAUGUGCUUGCCAAGGUCUACAUCUUGACUGUGAUGAAACCAAUUUACGAGCUGUUCCUUCAGUUUCUUCAAACGUGACAGAAAUGUCACUUCAGUGGAACUUACUAAGCAAGCUUCCUCCUGAUGGCUUCAAGAAGUACCAUGAUCUUCAGAAGCUGUGCCUGCAGAACAAUAGGAUUAGAUCCAUAUCCACCCAUGCUUUCCGAGGGCUGCACAACCUUAUUAAACUAUAUCUCAGCCAUAACAGAAUCACCUCCCUGAAGCCAGGUGUGUUUGAAGACCUCCGCAGACUAGAAUGGCUGAUAAUUGAAGAUAAUCACAUCAAUCGGAUUUCCCCACUUACAUUUUAUGGACUAAAUUCUCUUAUUCUCUUGGUGCUGAUGGACAACGUCAUCACCCGUUUGCCUGAUAAACCUCUUUGUCAGCACAUGCCCAGACUCCACUGGCUGGACUUGGAAGGCAACCAUAUUCAUAAAUUAAGAAACUUGACUUUUAUGUCCUGCACUAAUUUAACUGUUUUGAUAAUGAGGAGAAACGAAAUUAAUCACUUAAAUGAAAAUGCUUUUAUACCUCUUCAGAAACUACAUGAAUUGGAUUUAGGAAGUAAUAAGCUUGAAAAUCUUCCACCACAUGUAUUUAAGGAUCUGAAGGAGCUGUCACAAUUGAAUCUUUCUCAUAACCCAAUCCAGGAAAUUCCAGCAAACCAAUUUGAUUACCUUGUCAAGCUCAAGUCUCUCCUAGAAGGAAUCGAGAUUCCAGAUAUCCAACAAAGGAUGUUUAGACCUCUUAUGAAUCUCUCUCACAUAUAUUUUAAGAAAUUCCAGUACUGUGGAUACGCGCCGCAUGUGCGAAGCUGUAAACCCAACACAGACGGAAUUUCGUCGGUGGAGAAUCUCCUGGCAAGCAUUCUCCAGAGAGUGUUUGUCUGGGUGGUCUCCGCAGUUACCUGCUUUGGGAACGUUUUUGUCAUCUGCAUGCGCCCUUACAUCAGGUCUGAAAACAAGCUGCACGCCCUGUCAAUCAUUUCUCUCUGCUGUGCUGACUGCUUGAUGGGAAUCUAUUUGUUUGUGAUUGGAGCCUUUGACCUGAAGUUCCGCGGGGAAUACAACAAGCACGCGCGGGUUUGGAUGGAGAGUAUUCAUUGUCAGCUCAUGGGGUCUUUGGCCAUUCUGUCCACCGAAGUAUCAGUUCUGCUUCUGACAUUCUUGACUCUGGAAAAGUACAUCUGCGUUGUGUAUCCUUUCCGAUGUUUAAGACCUCAAAAAUGCAGAACAAUCACAGCUCUGCUUCUCAUCUGGAUGACUGGGUUUCUGGUGGCUUUCACCCCGCUAAGCAAUAAGGAAUUCUUCAGAAACUUCUAUGGCACCAACGGAGUAUGCUUUCCUCUCCACUCAGAAGAUGCAGAAAGUACCGGAGCCCAGAUCUACUCAGUGACAAUCUUUCUGGGUGUCAACUUGGCGGCAUUUCUCAUCAUAGUCUUUUCCUACGGAAGCAUGUUUUACAGUGUCCAUCAAAGUGCCAUCACAGCAACUGAAAUACGGACUCAAGUUAAAAGAGAGGUGGCCCUGGCCAAGCGCUUCUUCUUUAUCGUGUUUACUGAUGCAUUGUGCUGGAUCCCCAUUUUUGUGCUGAAAUUUCUUUCACUGCUUCAGGUAGAAAUACCAGGUACCAUAACUUCUUGGGUAGUGAUUUUUAUUCUGCCCAUCAACAGUGCUUUGAACCCAAUUCUCUAUACGUUGACUACGAGACCUUUCAAAGAAAUGAUCCGUCAGUUUUGGUUUGACUACAGGCAAAGAAGGUCUAUUGACAGCAAAGGAAGCCAGAAAACAUGUGCUCCGUCGUUCAUCUGGGUGGAGAUGUGGCCACUGCAGGAGAUGCCGCCUGAGCUCAUAAAGCCACCUGUUUUCCCAGACAGGUGUGAGAUAACACUCAUUUCUCAGCCACCUAGACUCAACUCCUUCACAUGACCACUCUGCAGCCCCUUGCUUCACAGACAAUGCUGUCUGGUUCUUCUGGAGGAAAUAGGAGUAAAUAUCACAAAAUUAAUAACCUCUACUAAUGGCUAAGACAAAUUAGCAUACAAGGCCAUGAAGACAAAAUCGUCCAAUGCUCGUGUAAAAGGAAGUAAUUACACUGAUAAUGUGUAUAUAGUAGCACAUAUUUUGCAUCGCGAAUUAAGAGAAAUCUACUUCAGAGGGAUUCGCGGCUUCUUCUAACAUGCGUUUACUGAGUCUCACCACGUGCACGACACUGUGGCGAAUUCCUGGAAGCAGACGGUACGGAACCUCGUAUUCUGUAAAUUGUGAGGAACUCUACACCAAGUCCACCUGCAGCUCCUCAUUUAAAGUAGAGCUUUGUCUGUCGUACAUAACAGCAAACAUAAAAAUUAUGAACAUUUUUAAAUAAAUGUUUACAGUUUGGAUACUCAGUGUAACUACACCAGAGAAAAUUUCUGAUUGUUUGCGAAAUACAGACAUUCUGUUUUAAGAAUCCACUGCUGUGGUUUGUGUCCUGAGUGUUCCCCAUAGUCCUGUGUAUGUUGAAGAUGGGUCCCCAAAAUCUUAUGUUACUGGCACCAAGAAGAUGGGCGCAUAAUCCAAGCGUGAUGUUUGGAGGUAGGACCACUGCGGGUGGUCACUGAAUUGGAUUGAUGGAGCCCCGUGACCAAAUCUUGGUGGCUUUUAUAAGAGCCCACAUUGAGAAGACAAAAAGUGUGCUCACUGACUCUUAGCGUGUGAUGCUCUUACCACACGGGGGCUGUGCCAGCAGGAGCACCAUCAGAGGCCAAGCCAAUGGGGCCUCCCGAUCUUGGACUUGAACCUCCAAAGCUGUGAGCUAAAUAAACCUCUCUUUCAUAAGAA